AUGUGUUGAAAUUACUCCAGAAAUUAAAUAAUCUCGCAUCUUGAUAAAUACACAGAACGUUAAGGUAUAUUGAAGUGGAAACUUACAAGGAGCAUUGUGAUUUUUUUCUAGGGAGGUUAUGAGAAUCUGACUUAAUCAGUGAGUCUGCUAGAGGGCAGAAGUACUCUUUUGUGAGGUGCCACGAUUUUGUCAGCAAAACGGCGGGAAGAAGCAAUAUGCGGAGGUCUCGAGAAGGCUAUCAAUACCAGCCUGUUCCUAGAGGGCCUCCAGAAGACUUCCUCGAACGUGAAAAUGAACGAAUGGCGGAAGAACUUAGUGGCAAAAUAGGCACACUUAAAGACAUAUCCAUACAACUAGGCGAUGAAGUGAGGUAUCAAGAGAAACUCCUGCGCGGUCUCGACGACGAUGUAGACAGGAGUUCAGGCUUCUUAGGCAAAACUAUGGGCCGAGUAUUAAAAUUAGGCAAAGGCAAACACAAUUAUUAUAUAUUCUACCUAUUUCUUUUCGCAAUUUUUGUCUUUUUCCUACUCUACAUUGUUUUGAAGUUCAGAUGAUAAAUUACCAGUCCUGGUAUCAAUUAUCAUCAUUCUAAAUAUUAUUGACUUUGAUUUCAUUCCCAAGUGUAUUGGUUUAGGAUAAUAAACUAUGAUUUUCCUGUAAAUAAUUUUCUUUUUGUUUGACAUGGUGGUCUGAUUUUCGUGAAAACAAUAGAUUUGUAUUCAUCUCAUCUAUUUAUGAAUUUGUUCUAUUCUAACUAUUAAAAUUUUGCUAAAGAAAGCA